CACAAGUGACGUCAUGUCACCUCCUGGUGCUGCGUGACGUCACGUAACGGGAAGUUGCCGCUCUGCCCGUGUACUGAAAUCCGAGGCCACGCCCGCUUGAGCUGCUGUACCGCUAUUGUUUUCAGAAGCGACCUGCCCACAACAACAACGACAAGCUGUCGCUUCCUCUGUCGCUUCCUCUGCAGAAUUGGUCUGAUGGAGCAAAAGCACUUGGCGCAGCUCGGUACGACAAGGCAACAAUGCCACCGGUGUGCAUACAGCACGGACCAUCCUGGACGUUUUACACGGCACCAGAGAACACACACGGGAGAGAAACCCUUCAAGUGCAGUGUGUGUGGGAAGGCGUUUGCACGUUCGUCUGCUCUUGUAGAACACCAGAGAACACACACAGGAGAGAAACCCUUUAAGUGCAGUGUAUGUGGGAAGGCGUUUGCACAGUUAUCAAAUCUUCAUGUACACCAGAGAACACACACAGGAGAGAAUCCCUUCAAGUGCAGUGUGUGUGGGAAGGCAUUUGCACAGUCACCACAUCUUCAAGUACACCAGAGAACACACACGGGAGAGAAACCCUUCAAGUGCAGUGUGUGUGGGAAGGCGUUUGCACGUUCAUCUACUAUUGUAACACACCAGAGAACACACACGGGAGAUAAACCCUUCAAGUGCAGUGUGUGUGGGAAGGCGUUUGCACAGUCAUCUACUCUUGUACAACACCAGAGAACACACACGGGAGAGAAACCCUUCAAGUGCAUAGUGUGUGGGAAGGCAUUUGCACAGUUAUCUGCUCUUGUAAUACACCAGAGAACACACACGGGAGAGAAACCCUUCAAGUGCGGUGUGUGUGGGAAGGCGUUUGCACAGUCAUCUCCUCUUGUAGCACACCAGAAAACACACACGGGAGAGAAACCCUUCAAGUGCAGUGUGUGUGGGAAGGCAUUUACACUUUCAUCUACUCUUAUAGAACACCAGAGAACACACACGGGAGAGAAGCCCUUCAAGUGCAGUGUGUGUGGGAAGACGUUUGCACGUUCAUCUGCUCUUGUAGAACACCAGAGAACACAUAUGGGAGAGAAACCCUUCAAGUGCAGUGUAUGUGGGAAGGCGUUUGCACAGUCACCACAUCUUCAAGUACACCAGAGAACACACACGGGAGAGAAACCCUUCAAGUGCAGUGUGUGUGGGAAGACGUUUGCGCAUUCAUCUGAUCUUGUGGCACACCAGAGAACUCACACAGGAGAGAAGCCCUUCAAGUGCAGUGUGUGUGGGAAGACGUUUGCACGUUCAUCUACUCUUGUAAUACACAAGAGAACACACACGGGAGAUAAACCCUUCAAGUGCAGUGUGUGUGGGAUGGCGUUUGCACAGUCACCACAUCUUCACAGACACCAGAGAACACACAAGCAUCAGAAGAUCCACCAGGAGUGGAGUCUGAAAUUAGCUUGUGAAAGUCAAAGUGCUGCUAUGAGCCCAUCCCUCAUGAAACAAGAACCGGAAGAAUAUCCCAGCUUGGACACUUUUAAAUGUAUCGAGGUGAAAUAUGAAGAGGUAAAGGUGAAAUGUGAAGAAGUGAUGGUGAAGAGCGAAGAAGUGAUGGUAAAAUGUGAAGAUGAAUCAACUCCAAAAUCGGACCUUCACAUCGAUGCAGGCAACGUUAAGCAGGAGGAGAAUUCUCAUUGUGAGGCAGAGCAAGGCAACUCCCAGCAGUUUGUGGAAGUGGAGGUGUGGGUUGACUUCCUCCGAGACAAUACAAAGUUAAAUGGAGACCCAGUAGAUGUGUAAGCUUGAGACGAUGUCGCUCCAAUAGAUGCACCUUUGUCACAGGCCUUUAAUGACAAGAAGGUGAAUUUGAACACUCAAUUCCUAGGUUAAACCUGCCGGGUAAUAGCGGCCAGUCUUUGGACCUGUGGGUUGGGUAGAUCUCUAACCAGGAGCGAGAACCAAUAAGCUUCCAAGCAUUCACUGUUAUCAAUUGCAUUUAUAUUGUGCUUGCUUAAUUGCCUCGGCAAUACGGGAGUUUUGCAGCGAUCUCGUCUCAAACACUCGAAGAGCACCCCCAAGUAGCAGCUGCCCCUGUGCCACAAGGUGGUGGCCCUACACCGGCCUGCAUGUGGACAAGAGCCUGUCAAUAGGGGGUGAUGGUUGAUGUGGCAUCUCAGUUGUGGAGUGUGUAGGUAAUGUUUUGAAUUUGCUAAGUUUUGACCCAGACGCCAGCAUGCAAUGGACUACUCGUUUUGAAUGUUGCAAUCGUAUGUUGUACAUACACUGUUAAGCAGACAAUGCUUUUUUUUUUUAAAUAGCUUGUUAAUGCGAUGUAACCUGAUGCAGUAUAUUUCAGUGCAGUAAUUCAAUUUUGUUAAUAUACAUGUCAAUAAUUUAGAAUGAAUACUUGUCCGAUUGUGUGUAUACAUGUAACAUUUUGUCUAUAAGGGUCAAACAUUGAUUAAGUGAUGUUAGGACAAAGUGUGUGUUUUGCAAGUAACCUGGACAGAUAACUCAGGUGAGACUCAUUGUUCUUGUGAUAAAGGUCAAAGGAUAUUUUUGUGUUUUCAGGAAGCAUCUCCCUCUGCAGCAACUCAUUGUCUUUGAAAUAGGGAGCACACUCGGAUCAUUCAUCAGUUACAAGGCAUACCACUUAAAAGUUACACGUACAGGAGAUACAUUCUCUACAACACGAAUUAGAAUUUUUUUUAUUAUGUGUUGACGUAGAUUUUGUCGAACUCGGACUAGAAAUGCUCGUUGCUGAUUAACGUCUGGAUGUCCGUAACUAUCGGUUGAAGCAAACCCGGCUGCUCUUGAGACGCUGUGCACCAAUAAGGGUCCACAGGUGGCUUGCACUAAAUCAAUGAUACACUCCCAGAAGGCUGUGCUAGUUAUAGUUUGUGUAAAACAUUCCUUUGUUUCAUGGAGAGAUUAAUAAAGGAAAGAUGUCGUA